UUCCAUGUCACGAUCCGGAUCCGGGCUCGAUUUCAUUCGAACAUUAUUUUCUUCCUUUUUUUUUUUUCCUUUCUCCUUUCACCUCAAUUGCUGCUUCAAACGCAGGCUGUAUCCUUCACUUCUCUACCAUCGAGGUUCGCUCGUCGGUACGCGACCCAUUCGUUCAUUGCAGGGCUCAGUGCCCUCCCCAACGUCCCUCCACGUGCCGGGCAAAUUACCAGGACCAAUCCCGGCUUUCUCGGAGUCCCUCCUGUGUCUCCCUCUCGCUCUCGCUCCCUCGUCCGUUCGUCUCCCCAUUAUUGCCUUCCCCUUCGCUACUUCCUUCCCUCCUUUCUUUCUCCCCCCCCCCCCCCACCCUCGCCUUGUUUUUAUUGUUCUUCUUCACUUUAUAUUUAUCUGUACGCGGUGUUUAUCGCUCGGCUUAUUUGUUUUCUGGUCCACAUGUUCAUCGGAAUUGAUUGAACUGACCCGUUGUCUGCGCCUCGUUCAGUUUGACGUUGAUCUGGCACCAUUGCGAAGAGAUCCGACACAGUAACGGAACUCGCUCUUUUGGUGUGUUGGAGAACAUAAAAAAGGCCUCCUUCGUGCUCUCUCGAAUAGUUCCUGCUAUUCCUGUCCUUCCGAAAAUCCAGCCGCCUCGCUCUGUCUAUCACGUCGGUGUCGCGCGACCUUGAUCCUUCUUCCCUGUUCGGCCGGUUAUCUUGCGAUGCCUCGUCGAUCUGCCAAUUCUUCUACCAACGACCCCUCCACCUCGCCGUCCUUUUCUUCCGUCUCUGGAAAGGGCGGUAUCGCCAUCAAAGCGCCUUCCAAACCAAACCGCUUGACCCAAUUCUUCUCGACCUCGCCCAAGUCGAAAGUUGAGUUGACGCCUGCCCAAGCGGCUUUGCAAACAACCGGUGGGAAUACUGCUGCGCCUCCCAUCAGCUCGGCGUCUCUCUCGUUGCCGACUAUUUCUCUCUCGACUGCGACCGCAGAUAAUCCCAACAUGGACGAACCGCCGACCACCCUCUUCCAGCCUCCCUCGCCGGAGGAGGCUCGCCGCCUGGCGAAGCAGCACGCUCAGUUCGGUCCGAUCGGACAUCCGAGCCACCGGUACUCGAGCCAACAUCCCGGCGGGGACUUCCCCGAGCCCAUCAUGGACGAACCUCCCUAUUACUACCUUCUUACCACCUACAUCAGUUAUCUAAUCCUAAUUGCAUUUGGACACGUUCGCGACUUCUUUGGAAAACGCUUCCGCGAAGAAAACUACCGUCACCUGAAGCCUCGGAAUGGAUACGGUGCGCUGAACAGUGAUUUUGACAAUUUCUACGUUCGCCGGCUGAAGCUACGUAUCAAUGAUUGCUUUGAGCGCCCGGUCACCGGCGUUCCCGGAAGAUACAUCACCUUGAUCGAUCGCGCCACCGAUGACCAUAACAAGAAUUUCCACUUCACCGGAACCACCACCGACACGCUCAACCUCAGCUCGUACAAUUACCUGGGAUUUGCUCAAUCGGAAGGCCCGUGUGCCAACGAUGCCGAAGAGGCCGUUAGAAAAUAUGGCAUCGUUGCACCCAGUACCCGUGCCGAAGCCGGAACGCAAGAUCUUCACAACGAGCUCGAGGAUUUGAUCGCUAGAUUUGUCGGCAAAGAAGCUUCCAUGGUGUUCUCCAUGGGUUUCGGUACCAAUGCCAAUGUCUUCCCGGCCUUGGUGAGCAAGGGCUGUCUCAUCAUUUCCGAUGAGCUGAACCACGCAUCUAUUCGAUUUGGGGCUCGUCUUUCCGGAGCAUCCAUCGGCAUGUUCAAGCACAAUGACAUGAAAGACCUGGAGAACAAGCUUCGGGAGGCCAUCAGUCAAGGACAGCCGCGUACCCACCGCCCCUGGAAGAAUAUCUUGGUCGUUGUUGAGGGUCUCUACUCUAUGGAAGGGUCCAUGUGCAACUUGCCUGGCUUGAUUGCCUUGAAACGGCGUUACAAAUUCCACCUGUUUGUCGACGAGGCGCACUCUAUCGGAGCCAUUGGACCCCGUGGACGCGGCGUCUGUGACUAUUUUGGCAUCGACACCAGCGAAGUUGAUAUUCUCAUGGGCACCCUCACCAAAUCUUUUGGUGCCAACGGAGGCUACAUUGCAGCCGACAAGGCGAUGAUUGAUACUCUCCGUUCAACCAACUCCGGAGUUGUGUAUGGCGAGUCCCCCUCCCCUGCGGUUCUGGCCCAAAUUUCGUCCGCACUUCGCAUCAUCAAUGGAGAGAUCGUGCCAGGUCAGGGUGAGGAGCGUCUGCAGCGUUUGGCUUUCAACUCUCGGUAUCUUCGUCUUGGGUUGAAACGUCUCGGAUUCAUUGUUUACGGGCACGACGAUUCUCCCAUCAUUCCGGUUCUGCUUUUCAACCCUGCCAAGAUGCCCGCUUUCUCCCACGAGAUGCUGAAGCGGAAGAUCUCUGUCGUCGUGGUGGGUUAUCCUGCCACGCCUUUGGUCUCGUCUCGCGCCCGUUUCUGCGUUUCAGCAGCACACACCAAGGAAGAUCUGGAUCGCAUUCUCACGGCAUGUGACGAAAUCGGAAAUGUUCUGCAGCUGAAGUUCUCAACGGGCGUCGCUGGUGGCGCUUUGCCCUCCAGUGAGGGCUCGGCACCGCCGCCAGAGAUGGAGAAAGAAUGGCAUCGCCAACAGAUUGCGACUGUGCACCCUCCCCGAUGGCAGAUUGAGGAUGUCAUCCGGCGCGGUGUGCAGGAUGUCAAGGCUCCACUGUAUUAGGGCCUACUUCAUCUGGUGCUUGUAUGUACCUGUGUUUGGAAGGACAUUCGCAUUUACAUCACCCCCCAAAGGACUCGGUUGAUGCUGGUCAUGCCGCGUCGCAUAUUCAUUCCAUAUCUUCGCCAUUUAUGUAUCUUUUUGACGAUCAGAUUCUGAUUGUUCUGUGGGUCCCUUUACUGCCUUUGUUUCUAUUCCAUUUCACCGGUGCAGUGAGAGGGUUUCCCAGGGUUCAAACAAUCAUGAACCAUUGAACAUGCAAUACAUGCCUUUCGAGCGAACUUUGACUUGGUUGGCUUUCCUUCUCAUCCCGAAGCUCGCCGAUCUCUCUUGGUCUUUUACCACUAGAUUUCAGUCGUGCUCCGUCUUUACCCUUUCUUUUCUUCAUAUUCAGCCCCUGCCCUUCACUGUUACUUUAUAGACACAUAUUGCUGGCUAUUCUACCCCACCAAGUGCUGGAGGGCUGCGAUUAGAGCCAGUCUCUUAUUGUUUAAACCAAAAGUCUCGGGGCUGUGUUU